UUAGGAGUCGGUCUCCCCACCUGGGCACAGGUGAUCUGAAUCCCCUGCAAUAAGACACGAGGAAAAAACAACACAAACAAAGAGAAAUAGCAAGUCUCAAUCAAACUAUUGGAGUGCUACAUUGAUACGAGAAUACUGUCAGGUGGUUUUGUUGUGAGGCUCCAAAAAUGUUUAGUGGACUUCACUUGCAGGGACUUUCCAUCAUCAUAGGGGGGUGCUUCGCUGGAUGUAUCGUGAACCAGAAGAAGCUCACGAUGAUGCGUGCAGCCCUGUGUAUCUGGAUCUUGUCGGCAGUGAUCUGCGUGGGUAGAGGUCAUGUCAUCGUCAAACACCAGGCAGAGCAGGACACUGCAGCUGACAGCAGGGACAACACUGUCUCUCUGGUGAACGCAGCAAACAAAGAGUUUGUCUUCCAUCUGUACAGGAAGUUAGCGGCUCAUGCUGACUCGCAAGGCAAGAAUAUCUUUUACUCCCCGUUUAGUGUGUCCACUGCCUUGGCUGCCUUGUCUGUAGGAGCUCGGGGGGAGACCCACCGGCAGCUUUUCAGCGGUCUCGGUUACAACAACACCCUGCUGACACAGGAAAAUGUAAACCAGGCCUUUCAGAUGCUCCUCGAAAGGGCAAAUGAGACAACUCGUGACUUCAUCAGCUCGGGGACCGCUGUAUUCAUAGACAACAAAUUCAAGCCGCGGCCUGAGUUCCUGGAGGCCUUGAGGCAGUCCUACCUUGCAGAUGGGUUCAGCGUUGACUUCACCAAAACCACAGACAGUGAAAAUACCAUCAAUGAGUAUGUGAAGGAGAAGACCAACGGGAAGAUAGACAAGCUGGUCAGCAAUCUGGAUCCAAACACAGUCAUGUAUCUCAUCAGUUACAUCUACUUCAAAGGAAAGUGGGCGAACCCCUUUGAUCCCCAGCUCACCAAGGAGGACAUGUUCAACGUGGAUGUGAACACCCAGGUUCCAGUCCAGAUGAUGAAUAUGGAGGAGGAACUUCAUUCUUAUUACGACCAGGGGAUUAACACAACAGUCCUCCACCUCCCCUUCAACAGCUCCUACUCCAUGCUGCUGUUGCUGCCAGACAACAUGGCAAUGCUGGAGAAUGAGAUUUCCAGAGGUCAUGUCACCAAAUGGUUAAAAUGGAUGAGGCCCAGGACAUAUAAUUUAUACGUUCCAAAGUUCUCCAUUAAGAACUCCUACUCACUGAAUGAUGUGUUGACUGGAAUGGGAAUGACUGACAUGUUUGGUGAUCGUGCAGACUUAAGCGGCAUUUUAGAGGGGCAAAAACUGGCAGUCUCCGAGGUUGUGCACCAGGCUACUUUGGAUGUCGACGAGGCUGGAGCCACUGCUGCAGCUGCCACUGGUAUCGGCAUCAUGCUUCUCUCUUACCGCCACGUCCCUGUCUUGAAAUUCAAUCGUCCAUUUAUGGUCAUCAUCACUGAACAUAACACAGAAAACAUACUCUUCAUGGGCAAGAUUCUGAACCCAAAGAUGGAAUAAACACUUUUGUGUUUACAGAAGCACAGCUGUUGCAUCACAUAUAAAGUUCUCAGAAAAACCCUGG